GUGAAAAAGGACCGAAUAGAGUACAAAAUUUCGGUGCUGACCAGACCACUAGAGGGUGAAGAAUCGGAGAAGUUGGGGGACAAGGCAGAUGGGAGAGAUUUUUACCCUUAAAAAGGGAGAUUGAUUGCAGAUGCUCGCAGGGUUGGAAAGAGACGAGAUCCUAGGAAAGGGAGAAAAGCAGCUGCAGUGAGAAAUUAACAGAAAAAGAAUCGGAAUUGAGAGUAAGAGAGCAAAGAUUAAGGCUGUUGAGAAUUGUUAGCAGAGUCGAAAAUUUUGGCUGUUGAGAAUUGUUAGCAGAGUCGAAAAUUUUGGCUGUUGAGUUAAGAUGCGUGCGCCAUCGCUUCUUGCACAAUGUUUGCCGGGCUUGGUGACCCAUGAUCGUGGAAGUCAAAGCAUCUCUACCAUAUCUGAGAAAGAAGUCCAUCUUCCUUCACUAGCUGUUGAGAUUAUCCCCUCAAAGUCAGCUUACCCUUAUAAGUAUGUUGGGGAUAAUGUCGACUUUCACGGGCUUAACGUGUUCAAGGGAAGAGUUAGUGUUGUGGAUAUUAUUGGUUUUACUGGUUCUGAAAUGAUAUCAUCGAAACCGGAUGGUCAUCUCAAAUCUUGGGACAGCUCUAUUGAUCUUGUUAAUGUCCUUAAACAUGAGAUUCGUGAUGGACAGUUGAGUUUUAGAGGCAAGAGGGUACUUGAGCUGGGUUGUAGCUAUGGACUUCCAGGCAUUUUUGCUUGCCUGAAGGGGGCUUCUACAGUUCACUUCCAAGACCUCAAUGCUGAAACUAUACGAUGCACUACCAUACCCAAUGUUCUUGCCAAUCUAGAGCUAGCUCGGGAAAGGCAGAGCCGACAGCUAGAGAGUCCACUUACUCCUUCCAGACAAACUUUGGCCCCAACAGUGCACUUCUAUGCAGGGGAUUAUGAAGAACUCCCCACAGUCUUAUCUGUAGUCAGGAAUGACGUGUCUGAAGUGACAACAGGGAUAAGCUUGAGCUUUUCUGAGGAAGAUUUCAUGGAUGGGUAUAGUAGCCAAGAUGGAAGUGCCAUGGCACAAGAAUUUCCCUCAAGAAGGUCAAGAAAGCUUUCUGGAAGCCGGGCAUGGGAAAGAGCUAGUGAGACAGACCAAGGAGAGGGUGGUUAUGAUGUUAUUUUGAUGACAGAGAUUCCAUUCUCCGUUUCCUCUUUGAAGAAGCUAUAUGCACUAAUUAAAAAGUGCUUGAGGCCUCCAUACGGAGUAGCAUACUUGGCGACAAAGAAGAAUUAUGUUGGCUUCAAUAGUGCAGCAAGACACCUGAGAAGUCUUGUUGAUGAAGAAGGCAUUUUUGGAGCUCAUUUAGUUAAGGAGAUGACCGACAGAGAUGUUUGGAAGUUCUUUCUCAAGUGAACCAAAGUUCAGUUUCCAGGAAGUGGCUGCUAAACUGGUUACUUUUCUAUUUGUAUAAAUUCAGAUCACAUAUUGUUCGUAUUCUUUGUUAGUAAAGAUCAAACUGGAAUGGUAAAGAAUUAGUAAAACUAAUUAUUACUGUCAUCAGUGUCAUUCUUUUCCCCCCUGAUUUUUUUCUAACUUUAACUGUAUAUCAAACAUUCAUUAAAUUGAGAUGCUGAAA